GGAGCAGUGUCAGUGGAGUAGAGGUGGAACUUGACAAACCCGCACAUCUUGACACAUCCCGAUGCGUCCUGAUGCAUCCCUCCGCGCGCAUUCACUGGGCUGCUGUCACUUUCACACCGCUUUAUCACUGACCGCGUGAAAUCGCGACUUUACACUCGCGAUCGACGCGUCGCGACGCGCGGUACGGUAUUUUCGGUGCGCGCGUAUGUGUGUACAUGUAACAUGUCAGAUCUCGUGGAGAAUCAAGUUCAAUUGCUGCUCGCCGGACAAGCGUUAGAGAACGAUGACAUAUGCAGUGUACACACUCUCGCGAGUGACACGACAGAGAAAGAAAGAUUUGAUACAGCUGAAUCAAUGUACAGGUGCAAAAUCAGGUCAACUAACAGCACACGUUCCCAUCUGCUCGAAGACGGUGACGUACAUAGUCGCCGCUGUUGUCAUAAAUGACCAGGGCGAGGUGUUGAUGAUGCAGGAGGCGAAGGCCUCCUGCACCGGCAAGUGGUACCUGCCAGCCGGUCGGGUGGAGAAGAACGAGAAUCUCAUAAGCGCCGUGAAGCGGGAGGUCUUGGAGGAGACGGGCCUGGUGAUAGCGCCGACGACUUUAAUACUGGUGGAAUGCGCGAACGGCACGUGGUUUCGCUUCGUGUUCACCGGGGACAUAGUCGGCGGUACGCUCAAGACACCCGAUCAGGCGAACGAGGAGUCGCUGCAAGCGUGCUGGGUGCGAAACAUAGACGACCUGCCGUUGAGGUCCAACGACAUUCUGUAUCUCCUGGACCGAGGCAAAAGUUACGUUUCAAAUAAGACUGUUCCCCAACAUCCUCAUUUGAUGCCUGUGAUCAAGCCGCAUGCGAAACUAACGCUGAGAUUAGUAGUCACAUCUAAAAAGAGGGCGACGAACAGAUUACAUGUGCUCAUAUCUGAUACCGAAAAAUAUAAUCCACCAAUUUGUGAACUUAAUCCAAGUCGUAGUUUACUGUCUACUCUGCAUAGCUUUAUGAUGGAAAUAUUUGGAAACGACGUAGCGCCGCACAAGCCACAUGGUUUACUGUCUGUAGAAUUUAGUGGUGGACAAGGAGGAGAUGGUCUGUGCUUAACGUUACUGGUAUCCUUCAAAUUACCAUUGGAAGACGUGCCUAUAAUCGGGAAAUACAUCUGGCAUGAACUUUCUGAAAAUGUAGCAGAAAGUCUCGCAGCCCGUCUGCCAAGGAACAUGACUGUCCCUCUGAAGGUCGUACGUUAAUGCACGUUCGUACAUUGCAUACGAAUGUUUUAUUAAGCAACUAUUUUGCUUGACGAAAGUGAACGGUACAACAUACAAGAGAAUUUUUUCUACUAAAAUCAAGUUUAUAACGUUAACAUUAUAGUUACCCUAGUCUACACCAAUGACUUAAUAACAGAUAAUUAAUACAUCUCAGAUAACAUUCCAUAUUUUUAUCUAAUAUAAAUAAGCUAAUAAUUAAAUGACGAAACUGAAGCAUUAAUCUUAGAAUAGUAACAUAUAUUGGGAUCAAAUUUCUCUUCUUAAAAGUUUAAUCUAUUCCCAGCAUAAAAUGAAUAUAAAAUUGUAAUGUAUUAAACGGCAUAGAUACAAUAAUAUAAUAGUAUAAUGUACAAUAAAAAUU